AUGACCAACAGCAGUGGGGAGUGCAAUUUUACAGACAUCGACAGACUAGCAAAGACCCUGCAGUUUGGGAUCUGCAUCCCCACCUUCAUUCUUGGGCUGGUUCUCAACGCCCUGGCCCUCUCGGUGUUCUGCUGCUUUUGGAAGAAACAGACCAAAACCUCAGUUUACAUGACCAAUCUUGCUCUUGCAGAUGUCUUGCUGCUCCUGUCGCUCCCACUCAAGCUGUACUACUCUACCACAAAAGCGCCCGGACUCCUGUGCUCAUUCAUAGAGUCUCUCUAUUUUGUCAACACAUAUGGCAGUAUCUUCAUCAUUGUCUGCAUUACUGUUGACAGAUAUAUCUGCAUAAGGCACCCAUUUGAAGGUCGAGCUAACCAGUCCCCCAAAUGGGCUAUCUUGGUUUGUUGCUUCAUCUGGGCAGUAGCUUGGCUUUGCAGCAGCCCAAUGUAUGUGUUUCACAAGAAAGAUUAUUUUAGAUGCUUUUACAACAUGUCAGAACAGGCCUGGAGCACACCCAUCAUUGUUUCUGUGGAAGUCUUUGGAUUCCUGAUCCCGCUCGCAGUGAUGAUUUUCUGCUCUGCCCAAAAUAUCUGGAUUCUUCUGAGUCACCAAAGUCAAGCUAAAAAGCAAGUGGAAGGCACUGGCUCCUUACGAGUCAUUAUCAUCAACCUCGUGGUGUUUUUGGUGUGCUUCACACCCAUCCACCUUGGGAUCUGCCUGCAGUGCUUGGUGAGACAGCACGUGAUAGUGGACUGCACUCUGAAACAAACCAUCAGCCUCUUCAUUCAGGUGUCCAUGAUAUUAGCCAACCUGAACUGCUGCCUGGAUGCCAUCUUUUAUUACUUUGCUGCAAAAGAAUUCCGGAAGAAAACACACCUGAAGAAGGUUAUUGAAAUAUGUCCUGUCUUUAAGCCUUGUGCCACGUGA